CAGACAUGCACUGUCGCAGCCACACUUUGACGCCUCGCUAUUGAGGCGCAAAAUGCAGUGAAGCUUAGCUUCGUGCCGCUCGAAGCCGACGAACGUCAAUCAUUCAAUUGCCAAAAGACCUGAUACUGUCCCCCCAUUGCGGUGUCCGCCAUAGCCCAUUGCACUGCCGCCGAAACCCUCGAUAACGACCAAUUGGUCUUACGAACUAAAUUACCACCGGAAACUACGCAACAAUCGCAACGAUGGCCGGCCCGACAGGCGGUCCAAUCCCGCCCAACGCGCAGCAGAUCGGACCAGGCAUCUUCAAGGCCCGUGGCCCUUACCGCGCGCCUUUCAUCUACAGAUUUGCCGGCACUGCAUUGAGCGCCAGCAUGUGGUUCUUUUUGAUGUACAGGGCAAAGAAGGACGGCCCUGUAUUGUUGGGCUGGAAGCACCCUUGGGAUCACUAGAUGGGAACGCAUGGAGGAAAAGCACACUAGCAUUACGGCACCAACUCUCCCGCGACAAGGUUGCACAUGGAGGCUGUUAGGGAGGGCGAGAUAUGGCACGGCACAGAUGACGUUGCACAUAUGUAUAGAUAGGUUGUCCGCUCAGUAGGGCAAAUCCAAUCCAAGGUUCCUUUUCAUUUUCCAUCCUUAUUAAAUCAUUUUCCAUCC